AUGUCGCGCACCUCGUCGGCCUUGAAGGCGGUGGCAGCGGCCGAAACGACUCCCCUGCUGCAAGACGCGGCAGGACAAGGAGACGGAAAUGGACUUGUCGGAGGAAACAUAGACGCCGGCGUGGCGACGGCGGCCGUGAUCGUGCCCGCGUCCGCCGACGAGGACCGGCCAAUGCCCAAGACGCAGGUGGCGCUGCUCUGCUUUGCGCGGCUGCUCGAGCCGAUUGCGUUCUUCUCCGUGUUCCCCUACAUCAACCAGAUGGUGCAGGACAACGGCGGCGUGGCAUCGUCCGACGUGGGCUUCUACAGCGGGCUGAUUGAGUCGCUCUUUUCGCUGACGCAGGCGCUGGUGAUGAUGGGCUGGGGCCGGGCGGCCGACCGCGUGGGCCGCAAGCCCGUGCUGGUGCUUUCGCUGGUCGGCAUGGCGAGCGCGACGGCACUGUUUGGCACGGCGAGCACGCUGGUGCAGAUGGUUGCGUUCCGCUGUCUGGCGGGCGUGUUUGCGGGCACAAUUGUGACGAUCCGGACGAUGCUGGCCGAGCUGAGCACGCCCAAGACACAGGCGCGGGUGUUCAGCUGGUUUGCGUUCAGCGGCAACCUGGGCUUGUUUGUGGGCCCGCUGAUGGGUGGCGCGCUGGCGACGCCGCUGGGCCGGCCCAACCCAGACGACCCGACCGACAACGUCCCCUUCUUGGCCGCCUACCCGUAUGCGCUGCCCGGUUUUGUCGUGGCUGGUCUCGGGUACCUGGCAGCGCUUCUGUGCGCGCUGUUUGUCGAGGAAACGCUGGUGGUGAAAAAGAAGAAGACGUCGUCGACGCCGACGCCGACGACAACGACAACGACAGGCACAGCAUCGAUUGCCAAUGACGACGAGCCCGCGCCGCCGCCGCCGUCCAUUGGCGAUCUGCUCCGGGCACCCGGUGUCAAGAUGGUGCUCUUCAUCUACGCGAACAUUAUGCUGCUCGCGUUCUCGUACACGGCGCUCGUACCUGUGUUUUGGUUUACGCCCGUCGACCUCGGCGGCUUCGGCUUCACGCCCGUGCAAAUCUCCGCCAUGAUGGGCCUUGCAGGCGCCAGCCAGUCCGUGUGGCUGCUUGCGUUCCCGCCGCUGCACCGCCGCAUCGGCACCAACGCCGUGAUUCGUGCGUGCGCCAAUGCCUACCCGUUCUUUAUGAGCGGGGUUCCUUUUAUGAGCCUGAUCUUGCGCGUCUGGGACGCGCGCACCUUGUUUUGGAUCGUCGUGCCUCCGACGCUGGCGCUUGGCAGCGGCGUCAGCCUGAGCUUCACGGCCAUCCAGCUAGCCGUCAAUGACACGGCCCCCUCGCCGCAGUUGCUGGGCACACUCAACGCACUGGCCCUGACGGGUGUGAGCAUGAUCCGCGCCUUCACGCCUGCGCUCUUCACGGCCUUGUAUGCCAUCAGCGUGCGCAAUCAGCUGUUGUGGGGCUAUGGCAUCUGGGUAUUGAUGGUCCUCAUAGCGUUGGGCUUCACCCUGUCAGCGCAGUAUCUGCCCGACUACGAUGAGCUGAAGAAGGCGCGGACCGAGGCCGAGGCAGAGCCCAACGAGGCCAGAGAGUAA